UAAUAAAUUAAUGAAUUUCAAUCAAAAAAUGCUACCCACUGGCUGCAGGGCUUGAAAUUUGAAAAAGGCCAAUUGAAUUAACAACUAUAUUGGAUUACGGCCGGAAUUUGCAAGGCAAUUAAUAGAGCGAGUGCGUUUGGCAUGGUUUCGGAGGAGAACUGGAACAGCGAUACCAUGUCCGACUCGGACAUGAUCGACUCGAAGAACGAUGUGUGCGGCGGCGCCUCCAGCUCCAGCGGCAGCUCCAUAUCGCCGCGUACGCCGCCCAACUGUGCGCGCUGUCGCAAUCACGGCCUGAAGAUCACCUUGAAGGGUCACAAACGGUACUGCAAGUACCGCUAUUGCACCUGCGAAAAGUGCCGCCUCACAGCGGACAGGCAGCGCGUGAUGGCCCUGCAGACGGCGCUGCGUCGCGCCCAGGCGCAGGACGAGCAACGCUCGCUCCAUAUGCAUGAGGUGCCGCCUCCGGCAACGCCGGCAGCGGCGCUGCUCGGACAUCAUGGCCAUCAUCAUCAUGUGCAUGCCGCCCACAGCCACGCCCAUGCGCAUCACGGCCAUGCCCAUCAUGGCCAUGUGCUGCACCACCAGCAGGCGGCAGCAGCGGCCGCCGCAGCAGCAGCGGCAGCAGCAGGAGCCGCACCGCCGGCUCAGCCACAGUCGCACCUGAACAGUGCCCACAACGGCGCGGCGAGCAGUCUGCAUGGCCACGCCCAUGCCCACUCACAUGUGCAUCACGCCCACAUGGCAGCUGCAUCGUCAGUGGUGCAGCAGCAGCAGCAGCAGCAACACCAUCACCAACAGCACCACCAGCAACAGCAGCAGCAGCAGCAACAACAGCAGCAGCAGCCGCCCCAUCAGGCAGCUCUUCGAUCUCCCUCGCACAGCGAUCAUGGCGGCAGCGUGGGCGCAGCCACCAGCAGCUCCGGCGGUGGCGGGGUCGGUGGCGUUGGUGCCAGCUCCAGCAAUGUGGCAACCGCAUCGAGCAGCGGCUCCGGCAGCGCAGCUGGCGCUGGCAGCAGCGGAGGCGGCAUCAGCGUCAUCACCAGCGCCGAUCAUCACAUGUCCACGGUGCCAACGCCCGCUCAAUCGCUGGAGGGCUCCUGCGACUCCUCAUCGCCAUCGCCAUCCUCCACAUCGGGCAACGCCGUGCUGCCCAUCUCCGUGUCCAGCACGCGCAAGAACGUGCCACUCGGUCAGGAUGUUUUCCUUGACUAUUGUCAGAAGCUGUUAGAGAAAUUUCGUUAUCCGUGGGAGCUGAUGCCGCUCAUGUAUGUGAUAUUAAAGGAUGCUGGUGCCGAUAUAGAUGAGGCUUCGCGUCGCAUCGAAGAGGCGCGUGUAGAAAUAAAUCGAAUUGUAGCGCAAAUCUAUUACAACUACUACACACCCAUGACCAUUGGCCUGCAUACGAGCGGAGGGCCCAUGUACCUGACCUACCCGAGCAUCGAGCGCUAUGGCACCCAUUUUACGCAUCUGCCGCUGACACAGAUACGGCCGCCGACACCCGAACCGCUCGCCCUCAGCCGGACGCCGCCCAGCCCAACAAGUGCCGGCCAGCCAGCAUCCCAGCAUGCGCAUCAGAAACAAUCAUCGCGUCCCGCCAGCAGCAAUGGCACCGCACAAUCAGCUGCCUCGCCCACUCCGGUCACGACCGUGGCCACGUUGACAGCCCAAGGGCAUCAUGAGCAGCGUUCGCGUUCCGCCACGCCCACAACACCGCCGCCGGCGCACAGCAGCAGCAACGGCGCCUACCAUCACCAGCAUCAUCAUCACCAUCACAGUCACCAUCAUGGCCAGCAUCUGGUCAGCUCCACCUCCGCCGCAGCCGUUGCGGCAGCAGCAGCCGCCACGUAACAGUAUCGCCAUGUUGCUGCCGCUGCGGCAGCAGCUGCAGCAGCCGUG